AUGUUUGGGAAAAUCAUAAUUUCUACAGUUAUUAUUGUGAUUCUAUCUUCCUUUGUCUUUAUUUACCAGAGCAUCCCCGAUUAUCAAGGAGAGUGGACAUCCCAACAUAUUGACAAUGAUGUUAAGUAAUAAAUAGAAAUGAACUCAUUCUAGGAUAUUUAGAGAUUAAACCUAUGGCAUUCCCCAUAUUCAUGCAAAAUCCUUAAAAGAUGGAUAUUAUGGAUUAGGAUUUGUACAUGCUUAAGAUAGAUUGUGGUAAUUACAUAUAAGAAGGUAAUCUGUGAAUUUCAAUGAUUUAGAAUGUCAUCAUAAGGUAGACUGAGUGAAGUCUUUGGAUAUCGCUAAGAAGUCUUGAAUAUCGACAAAUAUAUUAGGAAUCUAGGAUAUCUUGAAUCAUGUAAGAGAAUAGUUCAAAAACUAAGUGAAGAAGCAAGAAUCCAUUUACAAUCAUAUGCUGAUGGAAUAAAUGACGGAGUGAAAUCAUUAUAAAUUCUACCAAUUGAAUUUAAAAUAUUAGGAGCAGAAUUUUAAGAUUGGUAAAUACUUGACACCGUUGCAUUCAUUAAGCUAAUGUCCUUAUUGAACGUAAAUGAUAUGUUUCAUGAAUUUAUGAGAACAAAAUUUGACGAAUUAUAUGGAAGAGAACUAGCAAAUAUACUCGGUUCGGUUGGACCACAUAACUAAUUUGAUUCAAGUGUUACAGAGGUUCAAGAAAAAGAAUGGAUUCAAUUUAUGAAAAUCCAUAAUGUGUCAUAUAAUUCAAAAUCUGAGUGGUAGGCUAACAAUAGUAAGAAUAAUGAAAAUAAAACUAACACUAAAUACAAUUUAACAGAAAUUUUAGAAUCAAUACCAGAAUAUUAUUCCAAUUAUAUAUUCCCAACUCUGAAAGCUUCGAAUGCUUGGGUCAUUAGUGGUAAUCAUACAAUAAGUGGAAAGCCUCAUUUGGCAAAUGAUCCACAUUUAGAUAACAAUAUACCAUCUUAAUGGUAUUAGGCAGAAAUAUACUAUUAGAUGGACAACCAAGAAUAUAAUUUUAUCAUAGGCGGAACACUACCUGGAUUGCCAAUUAGUAUGAGUGGAAGAAGUAAGUAUUUGGGUUGGGGAUUAACUACCUUGUAUUCUGAUGGAGGUGACAUAUAUGAGGAAGAGAUAAUUAAAAAGGAGGACGGAAAUUUAUUCUACAAAUUCAAUAAUUAAUGGAUACCAUGUAAUAAAACAGUUGAAACUAUUAAAAUUAAAGGACAAGAAGAUUAAUUUAUAACCAUUUUCCACACUCAUCAUGGUCCAAUAAUGUAAUACUAUAUUGAGAACAAUAAAUUAAGAGACCAUAAAGGACAUUUUUAUUCAUUAUAAUCCAUAGUCCAUAUAGAUGACUAUGAAUCCUUUGAUGGGUUUAUUAAAUUCGCUUAAGGAAAGGAUUUAAAGGAAAGCAUGGAACUAUUGAAGCAUAUCUGUUAUCCAAAUAAUGGAAUGGUAUUCAUUAGUCAUGACAACCAUAUUGGGUAUCUAUCAACUGGAAGAUUAGUCAUAAAAGAGGGACAUCCAGAUGAAAAUGCAUAUGUUAAGAAAAACAAUAAAGAAUGGAUUAGAUAUGUGCCAUAUAAAGAAAUCCCUAUGAUUAUUGAUCCUGAAAAAGGAUACAUUGUGGUUGCAAAUAAUAAAUUUAUUCCUGAUAAUGAAUUAAGUUGGAAUUCACAACCAACAAGUAGAGGAAGAAGAAUCAAUGAUUUGAUUAAUCAAAAGAUUACUAAAGGAGAGAAGUUUUCUAUUUUAGAUCAUAUAAACCUUUAAUCAGACACUUAUGAUAGUUAUGCUUGUAAUACUAAAAAUGAAUUAAUUUCAUUGCUUAGAGAAUAUGAUAAAAAGAAAGAAUUAUCAAAUGAAAUCCUGAUAUUAGAAAAUUGGUCAUGUAAGUGGGACUCAGAUUCUUCAGGUGCCUUAUUAUAUGGAGUAUUUGAAUAUUUUUAUUCAUUCAAAUUUCACUCCCAAUUAGACUAAGCUGUAAUCAAAUAAUGGAAUAAUUUUUACAUUUUUGAUUCAUUCCAUUUUAAAAAUCUAAUUGACAUGUAUCUUGCAUAGCCUAAUGACUAAAUUUUGAAUUAGCCAUAUUGCAAUGGUUCAGGUCAAGAUAAAUGUGCUUAAAAUUUGGUUGAGGCUUUAAGAGAAGCCAGAUAAUAUAUACAUGGAAAAUUUGGAAAUCAAACUACUGAUUGGAAAUGGGGAUCAUUGCAUAAUUAGUUGUUCCCUCAUGCAUUUUCAAAUACACCUUUCGGAUUUAUUUUUGAAAGAAGAAUACCUUAUCACUCAAACAGAAGAUCCGUGGCAGUGUCAUCUUAUGAACUAGAUGGAUCUUUUGAUGGAAAAACCGGAUCAAAUUAUAAAUAAAUUAUAUCUAUGGAUUCUGAAGAACCCAAUUUCUUUGUAAUUGAUACAGGAAUAAGUGGCAAUCCUUUUAGUAAAUUGUACACUAAUCAAAUGGAUAUCUGGAAAUAAAAUUAGUAUGUAAAGAUGCAGUUUGGCAAUACAACAGAUUAUGAUUUAUUGUAUGUUAUACAUCCAAAUUGA